GAGGCCGAGAGGGCUGUCGUAGCCUCGGCGGUCUUAUCCCCAGGGUAGUCGUGUCGGCGCCCCCCCGGCCCCCAGCCGCGUCGAUCGCUCUCCCGGCUCGUGUGCGCUCCCGAACUCGCUCGCCGCUCGCCGCUCGCCCUGCAGACCGUGCCUCCUGCAUCAUGUGCGGUAUAUUUGCUUACUUAAACUACCAUGUUCCUCGCACGAGACGAGAAAUCUUGGAGACCCUAAUCAAAGGCCUUCAGAGACUGGAGUACAGAGGAUAUGAUUCUGCUGGUGUGGGGAUUGAUGGAGGCAAUGACAAAGAUUGGGAAGCCAAUGCCUGCAAAAUCCAGCUCAUUAAGAAGAAAGGAAAAGUGAAGGCACUGGAUGAAGAAGUUCACAAACAACAAGAUAUGGAUUUGGAUAUAGAAUUCGAUGUGCACCUUGGAAUAGCUCAUACCCGUUGGGCAACACAUGGUGAACCCAGUCCUGUCAAUAGCCAUCCCCAGCGCUCUGAUAAAAAUAAUGAAUUUAUUGUUAUUCACAAUGGAAUCAUCACCAACUACAAAGACCUGAAAAAGUUUUUGGAAAGCAAAGGCUAUGACUUUGAAUCUGAAACAGAUACAGAGACAAUUGCCAAGCUUGUUAAGUACAUGUAUGACAAUCGGGAAAGUCAAGAUACAAGUUUUACUACUUUGGUGGAGAGAGUCAUCCAACAAUUGGAAGGUGCUUUUGCACUUGUAUUUAAAAGUGUUCAUUUUCCUGGCCAAGCAGUUGGCACAAGACGAGGUAGCCCCCUGUUGAUUGGUGUACGAAGUGAACAUAAACUAUCUACUGAUCACAUUCCAAUCCUCUACAGAACAGCUAGGACUCAGAUUGGAUCAAAAUUCACACGGUGGGGAUCACAGGGAGAAAGAGGCAAAGAUAAGAAAGGAAGCUGCAAUCUCUCUCGUGUGGACAGCACAACUUGCCUUUUCCCUGUUGAAGAAAAAGCAGUGGAGUAUUACUUUGCUUCUGAUGCAAGCGCUGUCAUAGAACACACCAAUCGUGUCAUCUUUCUUGAGGAUGAUGAUGUUGCCGCAGUGGUGGACGGCCGUCUUUCUAUCCAUCGAAUUAAACGGACUGCGGGAGAUCACCCUGGACGAGCUGUGCAGACCCUCCAGAUGGAACUCCAGCAGAUCAUGAAGGGCAACUUCAGUUCAUUUAUGCAGAAGGAAAUUUUUGAACAGCCAGAGUCAGUUGUGAACACAAUGAGAGGAAGAGUCAACUUUGAUGACUAUACUGUGAAUUUGGGCGGUUUGAAGGAUCACAUUAAGGAGAUCCAGAGGUGUCGGCGUUUGAUUCUUAUUGCUUGUGGAACAAGUUAUCAUGCUGGUGUAGCAACACGUCAAGUUCUUGAAGAGUUGACUGAAUUGCCUGUUAUGGUGGAACUAGCCAGUGAUUUCCUGGAUAGAAACACCCCUGUUUUUCGAGAUGAUGUUUGCUUUUUCAUUAGUCAGUCAGGUGAGACAGCAGAUACCUUGAUGGCUCUUCGGUACUGUAAGGAGAGAGGAGCUUUAACUGUGGGGAUCACAAACACGGUCGGCAGUUCCAUAUCAAGAGAGACAGACUGUGGAGUUCACAUCAAUGCUGGGCCCGAGGUUGGCGUGGCCAGCACAAAGGCAUACACCAGCCAGUUUGUAUCCCUUGUGAUGUUUGCUCUUAUGAUGUGUGAUGACAGGAUCUCCAUGCAAGAGAGGCGCAAAGAGAUCAUGCUUGGAUUGAAGCGGCUGCCUGAUUUGAUUAAGGAAGUUUUGAGCAUGGAUGAUGAAAUUCAGAAACUGGCAACAGAACUUUAUCACCAGAAGUCGGUUUUGAUAAUGGGACGUGGCUAUCAUUAUGCUACUUGUCUUGAAGGGGCCCUAAAAAUCAAAGAAAUCACGUAUAUGCACUCUGAAGGUAUCCUUGCUGGUGAAUUGAAGCACGGCCCUCUGGCUUUGGUGGAUAAGCUGAUGCCUGUCAUCAUGAUCAUCAUGAGAGAUCACACUUAUGCCAAGUGUCAGAAUGCUCUUCAGCAGGUGGUGGCUAGGCAGGGACGGCCAGUGGUGAUCUGUGAUAAGGAAGACACUGAGACCAUUAAGAACACAAAAAGAACAAUCAAGGUGCCACACUCAGUGGACUGCCUGCAGGGCAUUCUCAGUGUGAUCCCCUUACAGUUGCUGGCCUUCCACCUGGCUGUGCUGAGAGGCUAUGAUGUUGAUUUCCCGCGGAAUCUUGCCAAAUCUGUAACCGUAGAAUAAGGAACAUCUGAAACUGGGCGAUUAAGCAACACAAGACACCUUUUGUAUUUAAAACCUUGAUUUAAAAUAUCACCCUUCUAAUAAGCCUUUUUUAGUAAAUCCUUAUUUAUAUAUCA